CGUUAAAAGAAAGAAAGGGCUCUGAACACAACGAAGUUUGAACUCGUUGCUUCGCUCUCCGAUCUGCCACUCCACCACCAUGAUUUCUCCUUUCGAAGCUAAGCCGAAGCCAAACCCAAACCCGACCCACCCGAGUUGUUAGCUGAGACUGUGUGUCGUCAUUGUGAAAUGGGUAAAUCAACAUCCUCUCUUCUUUUUUUUAAUUGCAAUCGUUUGAUUAUUAGAGUAAGCCUUCCAUUUCGUGCUUUUACUUCUCGUUAUUGUUCUACUACUAGAGAAAAUGCGAAAACCCCAUAUCAGAUUCAGAAUCAGUUGUUGAAAUCUGUGAGAGAUCACUGCAAAUCUGGAACCUUUAAGAAUCUUGAUCAUGCCUUAGGUCUGUUUGAUACAAUGCUUCACAUGCACCCUUUGCCUUCCAUUCUGAAUUUUAAUCACAUGCUUAGUUCCAUUGCAAGAAUGAAGCAUUACUCUGAAGUCAUUACUCUAAUUCAACGAAUGGAAUCAUUCGGAAUCUCUCCCGAUGUUUAUACUCUCACUGUUUUGAUUAAUUGCUACUGCCUUUUGAACCGGGUCGAUUUUGGAUUCUCUAUCUUAGCAACAAUUUUGAAACUUGGCUAUCAGCCAAACUGUAUAACUCUCAACACUCUUGUCAAAGGCCUCUGUCUUCAAGGUAAUAUUUCUGGAGCUGUGAGUUUGGUAAAGGAAAUGGAGAAGAAAGGGUAUGAGCCUAAUGUGAUUACUUAUGGAAUAAUAGUAAACGGUCUGUGUAAGAUUGGCCAGACUGGUGUGGCUAUUAGGUUGCUCAGGAUGCUUGAAAAAAGGAAUUUUGAUCAAAAUGUGGUGCUCUAUAGCAUGGUCAUUGACAGUUUAUGUAAGGAAAAAUUGGUAACUGAGGCUUUGAACCUUUUAUCUGAAAUGGUGAGUAAAGGCAUUCAGCCAAAUGUUGUCACUUAUAGUUGCGUAAUUCAAGGACUAUGCAAUUCUGGCCAGUGGAGGGAGAUUGCUACCUUGUUGAAUGAGAUGGUUCAAAGGAAGAUCAUGCCAAAUGUGCGAACCUUCAACAUAUUGGUGGACAUGCUUUGCAAGAAAGGGAUGUCGACUAAGGCAAAAGAAGUUUUUGAAGUGAUGAUUCAAAGAGGCAUUGAGCCUGACAAAGUCACUUACAAUUCUUUGAUUGAUGGUUAUUGUUUGCAAAACCAAAUGGAUGAGGCAGUUGAGGCAUUUAAUAUGAUGGUUGAGAAGGGGCUUUCACCCGAUUUGUUUAGCUAUAGCAUAUUGAUCAAUGGAUAUUGCAAAAGUAAACAAAUUGAUGAGGCAAUGCGUCUGUUUCAUGAAAUGUCCAACAAGGGAAUUAUUCCUGAUGUAUGGAAUUACAACACUCUUAUAGGUGGGUUUUUUCGAGUGGGGAGAGUCCAAACUGCACUAGAGCUAUUCAAUACAAUGCGAGCUUGUGGCCAACAUCCAGAUCCCCAGACCUACGCCAUCUUGUUAGAUGGCUUUUUUAAGAAUAGACGAAUUGCUGAGGCAAUGGCAUUGUUUCAGGAGAUGAAAGACAAAAGGUUGGACUGUGAUAUUGUGAUAUAUAUAUUGUGGCCAACAUCCAGAUCCCCAGACCUACGCCAUCUUGUUAGAUGGCUUUUUUAAGAAUAGACGAAUUGCUGAGGCAAUGGCAUUGUUUCAGGAGAUGAAAGACAAAAGGUUGGACUGUGAUAUUGUGAUAUAUAACAUCUUGAUCGAUGGUUUCUGCAAUGUUGUGGAACUUAAGACUGCAAGAGAAAUCUUUAGUGGUCUUCCAGCAAAAGGAUUGCAACCUAAUGUCCAAACUUACAAUAUAAUGAUCAAAGGAUUUUGCAAGAAUGGACUAGUUGAUGAAGCGAAUGAGCUGCUUGAGAAAAUGGAUAGCAACGGUUGUUCACCUAACGAGCGAACGUAUAACACAAUAAUUCAAGGGUUAUUGCAACAUAGUGAGACAUCAAAGGCAACAAAAUAUCUCAAAAUAAUGGUUAAAAAGGGUUUUUCAGCAAAUGCGACCACUGCAACCAUGUUUAUUGACUUGCUGUCAUCAAAUCAAGUAGAUGAAAAUAUUCAAGAAUUGCUUCCGAAGUUCAUGUGAAGGUUUUUUAGGUUCUCAAGAUCAAGGACAACAUUCAUAUUUAACCAAUCACAAGUCAUUAUGUACAAAUCUGAUAUUUAGUGAAUGCUCAUCAAUGUUGAAGCUGUCCCAGUCUUCUGCAUAAUUUUUGUUUUUGCACUUGCAAGGAAGCCUUUGAUAGGCAACAAUAAUCUAUAAAGGGGAAGCUAAAUCAAGGCCUUGUGGAAUGAAUGAGUUGACAAGGUAUUCAUUUAGUGUCAGAUCGUAGAUCAAAGAAUAAAAUAUAAGCAGGGCUAGGUUCUGUUUGCAGAGAUCGAGUAAGACAAAAGAAUCUUAGCUAGCUACCAAGGUGGCGAUCAUCCGUUUGGCUGUGAAAGAAGCUUUGGUGGCAACAAAAAACAAAGGAUUUAUAAGGUUAUUACUCUUCUAGCAAAUAUUGAAGCAGUGGCCUUAUGGUAGAAUACAAGGCUUCCUAGAUAGCAAAAUGCAAGCAGUCAUGAAGGAUGUAUGAAACAUAGGUUGUCAAAUGGAAGGAAUAUGGUUAACAAAUUAGAAUGUUCAAAAACUACAAGAUACGUGGGGGGCAUGUUUUGGGAGUGGCUAUCUGUGAUGGCAUGUGUCAUUGUAUUGGGGCUAUGUGUGCAAGAAUGGAAGCAGGCAAUGAUUGGAUUGAAGAACAGGCUCUAGGAUUAUGCAGUGCAGUGGAGCUGGGGCAUUUUCAUUUCUUAGUUGGGAUUUUUGUGUACUACUACCACUAUAAUUUUUUGUUUUUUGUUUACUGUUUUUGUACUCUUGACUGUGAAUAUUAUCAUUAUUUUUUAUUUAAAAAAAGAGAGACUGUUGUAGCAUA